AUGGGAGCCUCUUACCCAGAUCUGUGGAGGAAUCCGCGGUGCUCUCACGUCCGCUCCAUGAUCGCGGAUGUGGGGGCAGUGAUGUGGAGGAUGCUGGGCCGCCUCACGGGGCUCGGUGACAGCUCCUCCCGCAGAAUUAAACUUCAAACAGACUUCCUGCAGCUUUGUGGAAGUGACGGGACUCAUGCAGCGUUUCAGCUGAGGUCUGUGAUGUCGCAUGUUGUGAAUGAUUAUCACAUCAGCAGCGGCCGGCAGCCAAUCAGAGAGCAGGGAUCAGAGGCCACAGACGCCCAGGGACCAGCGAGAAUGCCGUGCAGACUCCUCCCCUUCGCCCUGGUCAGUCCUCUUCGUCCUCAUCAUCCUCUUCAUCAGCGCUCUCUCUGCUCCCUGGCCUCUGCUCCGCCCUCCACACCUCAUGGACUACGUUACCCAUCAUCCAGUGGGGGCAGGAAGUACCGCACACAGCAGCAGGACAUCGCUCCAGCUCAAGUCGACCAGAUCCUGAGAGCCAACGAGCAGAGCCACACCUUUCCCAAGGGCUCGGCGUGUCAUGGCGUCCUGGGUUUCCAUAGCAACACAUUGGCGUCCAACCAGCCGAGCGAGGACCGGCGCAGCGCUGCCACCUGCCUGGCGGGGCGGGGCGCGCUCAUGUUUGGGGUGUUUGACGGACACGACGGUUCGGCGUGCGCUCAGGCCGUCAGCCACAGACUCUUCUACUACAUGGCCGUGGCCGCGCUGCCGCUGAGGAUUCUGGGAGAGAUGGAGAACGCCGCGGAGGAGGAGAGGCCCGCCCCGCCGCUGCUGGAGUGGCACCGACACCCGAGCGACCCGAGCGAGCUGGGGUACGGCAGCAGCGUGCAGAGCCUCCGGACCUACUGGCAAGACCGUCUGCAGCAGGAGGAGGAGGAUGAGGUCAGUGUCAGUGCGGGGCUGGUCAGUGCCUUCAAACGUCUGGACUUCGACAUCUCGGUGGAGGCUCAGGUCCAUCUCUCCAGGGGCCUCAGCAGCAGCGCGGGGCCUCUGCAGGUGGCCCUCUCCGGGUGCACGGCCUGCGUGGCGCUGGUCUCUCAGGGGACCCUCCACGUGGCGAACCUGGGGGACAGCCGGGCGGUGCUGGGGGUGCAGGACGAGGACGGGGGCUGGUCGGCCCAAAGCCUCAGCCACGACCACAACGCAGACAACCCCCACGAGCUGCAGCGCAUCCUGGGGGAGCACCCGGCCAGCGAGAGGCGUGCGCUGGUGCGGCACGAGAGGCUGCUGGGACUGCUGCUGCCCUUCAGGAGCUUCGGUGAUGUUCGGUUCAAGUGGAGCGGGGACUUGCUGCGGCAUGUCCCAGACGUCCUGGUCCCUCCUCACUACCACACUCCUCCGUACCUCAGCGCUCAGCCGGAGGUCACUCAGCACCACAUUAGACCCAGGGACAAGUUCCUGGUCCUGGCCACGGACGGACUGUGGGAGCUGAUGCACCGGCAGACCGUGGUGCAGGUGGUGGCCCAGCUGCUGACAGGGCUGCAGCACCAGCGCCCCCUGCAGGUGGCUCCGGGCCUGACUCUGGGCGGCCUGCAGAGGGCGCUGAGGGAGCGCAGAGGCCGCGUGCGCGUGGACGAGCUGAACGCCGCGUCGCUGCUUCUGCGGCACGCGCUGGGAGACGACGGUUACGGCGGCGUGGAGCUGACGCGGCUGCAGCGCACACUCAGUCUGCCCCCGGAGGUCACACGGCGGUACCGCGACGACAUCACUGUGACCGUGCUGCUGCUCAACCAACCAGACGCCUGA